AUGACCAAGCACGUUUCCUUUUCCACAUGUACCAUCCAAGAAUACCCUGUCAUCUUGGGAGACAACCCAGCCUGUGCCGCCGGUGUUCCAAUCACUCUUGGUUGGGAACCAGUGCAAUCCAGCACCACGGACAUGGAACUUCACGACUUUAUGCGUGCCAAGCAACGCCGCCACGGUCGAGACUUGAUCAUUCCAGUCCAAGAACGCACUCAAAUGGUCAUGAACGCUGGUUCCUCCAUGGAGGAAGUUGCUGACAUUGUCUUGCAAGUGGAUCAAAUCCGCAAGGAUCGUGCCGAAACCUUUCACACCUCUGACUUCGGAGAAAAGAUGCAAAUCUUCCAAGAGAAGUUGGAAAGACUUCCCAAGGGAAUUGCCAAGAAUCUUCUCAAGCUAGGAAGAGCCAACAAGAACGCUGUUGGUGCCCGUACUGCCUAA